GGCUCCAUCUGUCAAAGGCGAAAAAUGCCACUGUGUUGUCGCUUUCUCGCGUAGAAAAUGUUGCUCUAAUUUUGUCGAAAUUUGGUGAUAAUUUUUGCCUAGAACCUUAAAAUAACAUUCGCGGCGGGUGCAACAAUGUACGCUUGAUCCGUUUCCGGUGGAGUUUGGUGUGCGGAAGUGUUUUCCUGUCGGAUAGGGACCGAAUUUGUGUCGUCGCGAGUGAAGUGUAUCCCCUCACCACACCACACCCGCACACGGCGCACCCACUAAUUGAUCGUGGUGGACUAGGAAAAAAAAGCUACGUUUUUGUGGGGAAGAAACAGAUUUAGGAACUAUAGCAUUGGCUCCGGAAGGAGCGGGCGCGACCGCUAUUGGAACCAUGACGCCGCAACCAUUGGAGCAGGGAGGAGGAGCCGUGGCCAGCUUCAUCCCGACCGGGCAGGAAAUGGCGCAGCGGCAGAAUUUGAUUCCGCUGGGGCGGCUGAUCGAUUUCAUUAUCCAGCGGACGUACCACGAGCUAACGGUACUGGCGGAACUGUUGCCCCGCAAAACCGACAUGGAGCGGAAGAUCGAGAUCUACAACUUCUCCGCCAGCACCCGGCAGUUGUUCAUCCGGCUUCUUGCCCUAGUCAAAUGGGCAAAUUCCGCUUCGAAGGUGGACAAGUCGGCCAAGAUCAUGGCCUUCCUGGACAAACAGUCCCUGCUGUUCAUGGAUACGGCCGACAUGCUAUCCCGGAUGGCUCGCGAAACGCUGGUCAAUGCCCGGCUGCCCAACUUUCACAUCCCGGCGGCAGUGGAAAUUCUCACCACCGGAACGUAUUCACGGUUGCCCUCGAUCAUUCGGGAACGGAUCGUCCCGCCGGAUCCGAUCACCACUCUGGAAAAGCGACAAACGUUGCAGCGUUUGAAUCAAGUUAUCCAACAUCGGUUGGUCACCGGGAAUUUACUGCCCCAGUUGAGGAAGUUCAAGAUUGAAAACGGCCGGGUGACCUUCAAGGUCGAUCACGAAUUUGAAGUGUCCCUCACGGUUAUGGGUGACGGACCGAACAUUCCGUGGCGUUUAUUGGACAUUGACGUUCUGGUGGAGGAUAAAGAGACCGGCGAUGGCAAGGCCUUAGUUCACACUUUGCAGGUCAACUACAUUCACCAGCUGAUCCAAGGCCGCAUCGUGGACAGCCCGGAUGCCUUGGCGGAGGUGUACAACUGUCUCCAUUACUUCUGCCAAUCGCUGCAACUGGAAGUUCUGUAUACCCAAACGCUGCGUUUAAUGCGCGACCGGCUGGAUGAUCACAUUCACGUAGACGAGUACAUUCCGGGGACCAAGCUGACCGUUUCGUACUGGCGGGAGCUGACCAAUAAAGAUCCCAAGUCGGAACUUGGCUACCGGCUGAUGAUUCAAACCGAUCAAAGCGAUACAACCAAGCAGCUGGCCAUUCUUCAUAUCCCCUCGAUCGGCACGAAGGAAGUGGACAUUGCUGAUCGCGCCGUUCGUUCCGAGCUACUCUCCAUGGAGCGGCUUCUUGUACACACGGUUUACGUCCGAUCCUUGGCCCGCCUAGGCGAUCUCAAAACCGAGCUGCAACUUUUCCUGAAAGAUGUCGACUACAGCAUCCAGGGAACACCUGCCAUGCUGCUGGUUCCCGUCCUGAACCCAUGCCUUCGGGCCGAACACAUCUACAUCACCGUGGACACGCACACCGGCAUGCUGCGGUGUCACGUCCCGAAGCACCUGGACUGCCCGAUCAUGCCGGAGUUGCAGCACGCGUUGAACAACGACCGCAGCAAGCUGCAGCACCUGUUCUCGGAGCUGCGCUACUGGAUCACACAGCGGCGGUGCGAGAAGACGCUGCAGCACCUGCCGGCGACCACGCAGGAACGGCUGCCGCUGGUCUUCCCACCGGAUCAUCCCAUCGAGAAGAUUGGACCGCACCGGGUGUACAUCCAGAUGUGCCGCCAUGCGAACGUUAUUCUGAUCGUCGAACUCAAAGAGAAGGACUCCAGUCCCAACGAAAUGACCUACACCUUCUACCUGGUGCUGGUGAAACCUUCCUCCAUGGAAGACAGUCAAGCUUCGGACCAAGAUCAACCAGCCUCCACAGCUGCAGCUUCGGCGAACCAAUCUGGGCCAGGAUCCGUUCCUCCGGGAGGUCCUCCAAGUGUCUCGAGCGUCACCGCCGGUGGAACGUCGCAAUCAUCGGCACCAUCCGGCUCUGCCGCCGCCGCAGAAAGCGAUGGAUUGCCCAAAAUGUACCUCAAAGUUCUGUCGCUGAUCGAGUUCGAUACCUUCGUGGCGACCCACGGGCCAGGAACUUACGUCGAUGAGCAAACAAUUGGAUCCAAACGGAAGCUGCUUGGCGUGGAAGGACCUUCCGCCAAGCAGUCGAAGACCAUCUACCCGGCGUACUUUAUCCCGGAACUGGCCCACGUGGUGGCCAUGUGUGAUGAAAAGCUACCGUUCGUUGCGCUGGCCAAGGAUUUGACACGCCGCAAGAUCCCUCACGGCGGUGUCCAAGUGGAAGCCAAUGCAACUUCCUUGGUGUUGAAGCUGCUGACGCUGCCGCAACCGAAACCGCCAGUAAUUCCGGUGGCCAGCAAUGCGGCCGCUUCCCAAUCCGGUCCGGAUCAGAAACCGCCGGAGCCGAAGGUUGUGAGUGUACCGAAGAUCGACAAGGACGUUUGGAAUGCUCUGCUGAAGCGCUUGCUUUCGGUGUCUGUUCGGGCUCAGAUCAACAAAAGUAUCCAGACUCGGAUGUGGACUGUGGAACUUGUAUUCUACGGAACUCCGUUGGCCAGUAUGCACCACAAGGAGCAGGGAAUGCGACGUGCGGUUUAUCUGACGUACGACAUGCUUCCGGUUGACUCGGUGGACAAGUUCGUAGACAUGAUCCUCAACGACUGGUCCAAGAUCGUCUACCUGUACACGUUGGUUCACGACUUCCGCGAGCAGUUCAGAAAUGACAAGUACAAUCUGCACAACCUUGUGAACAUCAAGUCCUACAGCUACACAAGCCUUCUCCUGGCUUACGGUCCGAACAAAGAGGUCAACGUCAAUAUCUACUGGGACACCGAAGCCAAGGAGUUCAAAAUGGUCUUCACCGGCGGUAACAACGCUAUCAACGCCCAUUCUAUGAUGCGGGACCAGCUGCAGGCUCACCUGAACCACAACUACGAUCUGGCGCAGAUUGUCUAUCUAUUGCACGAGACCUACCAACCGCUGUCAUCGAUCGCCAAACUCCCCAUCAUACCGCACCUGGCCAUUCUGCAGUCCCCGAAGAUUCCGGUGCUCUCGUUCUGCAUCAUUCCGCAAUCGCCAACGCUGCUGAGGAUUUCCUUCCAAGGAGUCUACUGUCUCGAGGUUCGUCUCCGAGGAUCCGGACUCUGCUCAAUCCGCGAUGGCGCCUACAGCCGAUUCGAUCGUAGUCACGUCGUGGAAGAGUUCACUCCCACGCAAGGCCUGAAAGGUUUCCUGUCCAAGUACGUAGACGAAUCGGCCGUUUACCGGCGCCGAUCACAGUCCGAAGACGACAACCCACCGUCUCCCAUCACCAUGGAGGACCCCCACGGCGGACCAGCAUCCGUGGGAUCGACCUUCCUCAGCGGUGGCGCAAUGCGUGGUCCCCAAAGCCCACGCGAUCCGGGACUUCGCUUCGCGGCACCCCUAACGCCUCCAUCGGGGUCCAACCCGCACACUCCGGCCUCGCCGCAUCCCCAGGGUAUCGGCGGUACCCAAACGCAUCCGAACUUCAACAUGACUUCUCCGCCGGCUCCGCACAUGCCUCAUCCUUCGCCAAGCGGUGGGCUCAUGCCGUCCUCACCGCUGAACCCGCAACCCAGCCCCAUGGCGGCGCAUUCGCCGGGACCGACCAAUCUGCCGUACAUGUCCGGUCACACCGAUAGUCCGUUCAGUGCCCAUUCGCCGGCCGCCUCCAACUGGCCGGGAUCGCCGGGCAUGCCGAGACCUUCGCCCCGUCCGGGACAAAGCCCGGACCAUAAGGCUCAGACUCCCCAUCACAACACGUCGCGAGUUCUUCCGGCUCGGUCGUGGGCCGGUGCCAUACCCACUCUUCUCACGCACGAGGCUCUGGACACGUUAUGCCGUGCAACGGUUCAUCCGCAGAAGGAAAUCCCCGGACCGGAACUCAGUCCGCUGGAACGGUUCCUCGGAUCUGUAUUCAUGCGCCGGCAGCUGCAGCGAAUUAUCCACCAGGAAGAUAAUUUGACGGCCAUCACAUCAAACGAGCCCGGUGUAGUGCUCUUCAAGGCGGAUAAUCUGCAGUACCAGGUGUUCCUGAACCCGAACCACAUGCAGUCGCUACAUAUGAAGGUCAGCCAAGCACCGAUGGCCCCGACCAUGGAUGGCAAACCACCCUACCAGUGGCCUCCGGAAGAUCUCCAAAUCCUGGAACAGUUCUUCGAUCAACGGGUCGCUGCACCGCCGUACCGUCCGGCCGUCGUUACCAGCUUCACCCGGAUGCUGAAUCUCCCGUCCCAGGUGAUGAAGGACUUCAUCCAGAUCAUGCGGCUCGAUCUGAUCCCCGAACUGGGCCAGGGAAAUAAAUGGAACGUGCAAUUCAUUCUCCGGAUGCCACCGUCGGCAACGCCGAUCGUUCCCGUUGGCACCACCACCAUUCUGUCCCACCGGCAGAAAAUCCUGUUCUUCAUCCAAAUUACCCGCGUUCCGUAUCUACCGAACAUGGAGCUGAAGGACUCCGUUACCAUGCUCCUUCCGAUGGUUUACGAUAUGACCGUGAACCACACCCAGCUGGCGGAACGGCGCGAACAGGUCAUUCCGCAGCUGACCAGUGCCGUCAGUGCACACCUGAGACGGUUCGUCGAGUGCACCGUGCUCCAACCGGGCGAAUGCUCUCUCUUCCCGGCCGUACGGGACCUGCUGAUGAAUCUGACUCUGCCAAACGAACAACCUCCACCGGGACAAAUAGGAAAUCAGAUCGGACCGAUGGGCGGUAUGGCACCGGGAGGACCCGGCGGGCCUGGUCCUAUGGGAGGCCAAAUUGCACCGUCGCCGGUGGGGGCCCAAGUCGGAUCGAGUCCGAAUCCGAUGAUGCACUCCCCGAUGCAGAUGGGAGGGGGCGGUGGCCAGCAGGGUAACUACGCCGGAAUGGUAGGCGGGGGAGCACAAUCCGGCGGCCCGGGUGGUCCCGGCGCCGGUGGACCGAAUUGAGGUUACUGAGCGACUAUUUUAUAGCUACUCAAUGCUGGCUGGUGUGUGUUAAGGUCUCCUAGGAUAAGUUUCAAUCAUCAUAAACAUACAUUUUUAUGCUAGCGCACAGCACAUUGAAUGAUGGUGCAUUUGAAGCAUGAUUGCCACCUAGCAGGUAUGUGCGAAAGUGAAUAAUCAAAACGAAGAAACCAUAGUGCAUAGAAAAUAAUAAAGUAUUCUUCGUAAGAAACUUUCAAUAAUUA